GUUCAAGAGGUAUACAAAAAACGGUACAACAGUAUCUAAUAAUCUUUAUCUAUGAAAAUUGGUAAGUUAUUAUUAAUCUUAAAGCAACCAUAAACAUUUUCAAGGGCCACCCAACGGUAUUUUCAGUGCAAAAUCCGAAAAUUUAUGAAUAUGCGUUAAGUGCACUGAAAAAUCACUAAAGGUCUUGGCAACACCACCACGAAGUUUCAUGGCGGUUCUGAGGUUCUAAGUAUGUUUUAUUAUUAAAUGGCCGGGAGGCGUGGUUUGUUUACAUUCUGUCCUUUUAAAUGCUCUCUACUACCACUCAUGUUUUCCCUCAGUUUUAUAGUUUUUUCCCGUUUUUAUUACGUUUUUUUUGUAGAACUGUUACUUCAUAUAAAAGAGGUAGUUGGUAAUGCUAGAGUUAGUGAUAUGAGCCUCCAAGUGAUCGAUGCCAAAUGCUGCCACGUGCAGGGGAUGAGGGUAUGUGCUCGCUACCUGGGACCCCCCCCCCCUCGCGACUGCUUUUUGUACACAUUCAUCAACUUGGAGCCAUUACACAUAAUGCCUAGGCCAAAGAAGAACGUGGCUUUACGUAGCAAAUGUGCAAAAAUUGCAACAGAAGCAUCAGUUGUUGCAGCGAAGCGAAGGCGUCAGGCAGCGUCUAGCAGUGAGGGGGCGUCACCACCAUCACGUGUGGCGUCAUGUUUACGUGAACCAACGAGUGCACAGAAAAAAUCUCUAGUAACUGAACAAAAAGAACAACCAGAAGCUAGUGAAAUGAAAAUACGAUGCAUAAUUUAUGAAGAGACAGUGAAAGAAAUUGUGGAAAGCAUGUUAUGUCCAUCGUGUUGUCAGAACAAUGCUACUGCUAAAUUUACGCACCACCAAAUAGACACGUACAUCCAAGUGAAGUGUUCAUGUGGUCACGUUGUAGUGGAUACUAAGAAAAAUGUACAAGUGAAAGAAUAUUGUUAUCCCAUGACAACAUUAUUAGUAUACUGCAUGAUGAUGCUCGGUGUUGGAUACGUUGGUGUUGACAAACUGAUUUCAUUUUUUAGCUUGAAACAUUUUACUAGACCUACAUACAUUUGUUAUGCCAAGCAUAUCACAAAAACUGCCAUAGACUUAGCAAAAAGUGUCCUGGAAAAGAGUAGACGUGCUGUAUGUGAUCAUUAUGCAAGCAAACAGGAUGUUGAACAGGCUGAUGAAAAGUUUCAAGUAAGCACAACUUUUGAUGGCUCUGGGCAUAAACGUGGUCACAAAUCAAACUUCGGAGUAGGUGCAGUGAUUGAUGUUGACACAAGACUUAUUUUAGAUUACGAAGUUUGCUCGAAAAUAUGUUUCAAGUGUAACGCUAAAAUAAAGCAAAUGGAGAAAGGUAAAAUUACUGCUACCGAAUAUGUGUGUUGGUUGAAUGAACAUGAUGACUGUGACGAAAAUUAUGAUGGCCCCUCAGGGGGAAUGGAGGCAGCAGCAGCUGUGGCAUUAUGGCGUAGAUCUCGUCAGUAUAAUAUGAUCUAUAAAACUUUCGUGUCUGAUGGUGACAGCUCUACAUUCCGUUCUGUGUGCGAGAUGAAUCAAGGUGCAGGACCAUAUGGUGACCAAUGCCCUGUCGUGAAGGCCGAGUGCAUCAAUCAUGUUGCAAAAAGACUUGGCACAGGCCUUCGUGCUUUGAAAAAAACAAAAAGUGAUGCAGAUAAGCCAGCAACAUGGGGAGGAAGACAUAAGCUGACUGAUGUAGUUAUAGAUCACCUGCAGUUUUAUUUUCAAGUAAGCCUGAACAGAAAGGUGGGUACAACUGCUAGUGAAAUGCAUGAGGAAAUCAUGUCAACUUUCUUUCACUACACGUCAACAGACGACAAUCCUCAACAUGACAGAUGUCCCAAAGGUGAAAGGUCAUGGUGCUUCUACAAUAGAAGCAUUGCUCUAGGACAACAGCCUCAUUCCCACACCACAAUUAAAGUGUAUUUCCGCCUGGAAGAAGCUCAGAAGAGGAAAAUAAAAGCCAUCUAUAACAGACUCACAACAGAUGAAAUGAUGAAUCGAUGUCUUCAGGGCAUAACUCAAAACCGAAAUGAGCACCUGCAUUCAAGAAUAUGGAGGAUAUGCCCAAAACAUCGCAAUGCAUCAAAAAUGUUGGUGGACUUCACAACAGCAACUGCGGUAUGCAACUACAAUGUCAGCUACAGUGAAAGCAACUUGGUAGGCCUACUUGGCAUUGAGUCUACACUUUCUAUGGAAAAAUAUCUGCAGAACAAGGACAAGAUGAUGGACUCGCCAUUCAGAUGAAAAAUGAGGAACAAGACCCUGCAAAGAGACUUGGAGUAUGCAGCUGGAGGCUUCUGAUUGUCACUGCAUUGUCAACAAAUCCACUUUUCUCAAAUGUAUCUUAGCUAUAUGUCAAUAAAUUUUCAUGAAAAUUGAUAGAGAA